UAAUGAAAAAAAAACUUGAUUCACAAAUAUAAGCACUUGUUCAAUCUGGUAUCAAUGAACACAUUCGUUCAAUAUUUGUGAUGAUUGGAGAUAGAAGCAAAUAUUAGGUUGCAACAAUGCAUUAAUUGUUAAGCAAACUGAGUAUGAUUUAAAAGCCAAAAGUAUUGUGGUGUUAUAAGAAAGUAAAAAUUUACUAAUAAACUUUAAGGAUUUGGGAUUUACAACUCACAAAAAGAAAAGAGAAUCUGAAAUUAAGAACUAAUAAAUGAAGGAAGAGACUUAAUUAAAUGAACCAUUCAAUCUAUUUCUCUCAUCCAAUGAAAUUAGAUAUUGUUAUUAUGCUGAAACAUAAAAGGUUUUAGGAAAUACAUAUAAUAUGUUAAUUCUAUAAGAUUUUGAAGCAUUAACUCCAAAUAUACUAUGCAGAACAGUUGAAACUAUUGCAGGUGGAGGAAUUAUCCUUUUUCUCAUUAAAACUAUGUCUUCAUUAAAACAAUUAUAUUCUUUAACUAUGGAUAUUCAUUCUAGAUUAAGAACUCCUAGUUUUAAAGAAAUCUAACCUAGAUUUAAUGAACGAUUCAUUAUAAGUUUGAGUAGAUGUUCCAGAUGUCUAUUUGUAGAUGAUGAAUUAAAUCUAUUACCAGUUUCCUCAAUUGCCUUAGAAAAAAUUGAGCAAGGAAUUCCUAUCAAUAAUAAUUAAGUAGCUGAAUUUGCUUAAACAGUUCCUAAUGAAAUUGCUUAAAAAUUGAUCAAAAAUUGUAAAACAUUAGACUAAGCCAAAAUUAUCUUAGGACUUAUUGAUUCUUUAUAAGAAAAAGUCUUUAGAUAUACCAUAUCUAUAAGUGCUGCCAGAGGUAGAGGAAAAUCAGCAGCUAUUGGUAUGGCUGCUGCUGCUGCUCUCAAAUUAGGAUUUAGUAAUAUAUUCGUUACAGCACCUUCUCCAGAAAAUUUAGUUACUUUCUUUGAAUUUCUAGUUUAGAGUUUGGAGACUUUAGAUUUUAGAUAGAAUCAACACUUUGAUGUAAUAUAAUCUACCAAUCCUGAUUUUAAUAAUGCAGUCAUUCGAGUGAAUGCAUAUAAAACACAUAGGCAAUUUGUUUAAUAUAUUCAACCAUAAGACUUUUUAAAGGUAGCUAACAAUGCUGAUUUGGUAUUUUGUGAUGAAGCAGCUGCAAUUCCAAUAUAAUUUGUUAAGUCUAUGUUUGGAAGUCACACAUUAGUGCUUUCUAGUACUAUAAAUGGAUAUGAGGGAACAGGCAGAUCCCUAUCAUUAAAGUUGUUAUAAAAAUUAAGAGAAAAUAAAUAGACAGGUUAAGCACGUUUAUUAAAAGAAUUAUAAAUGAAUGAUCCAAUUAGAUACAGUAAUAAAGAUAUAGUGGAGAAAUGGCUUUAUGAAUUAUUAUUAUUAGAUGCAAGUGAUGCACCUAAAUUACAAAAAGGAUUACCACAUCCAAAUGAUUGCGAAUUGUAUUUAUGUAAUAGAGAUACUUUAUUUUCAUCACAAAAAACAAGUGAAAAAUUUCUAUUUAAUUUAAUGUCCUUGUUUAUAUCAUCACAUUAUAAGAAUUCACCUAAUGAUUUAUAAUUAUUAUCAGAUGCACCAGCUCAUGCAGUAUUUGUAUUAUUAGGUCCAUUACCUACAGAUAAAACUAUGCCAGAUAUAUUAUGUGCUGUGUAAGUGUGUUUCGAAGGAGCAAUUCCAAAGGAUUUAGUUGAUUAAGUCACAAACUAAUAAAAACCAUCAGGAGAUUUAAUUCCAUGGACUUUAAGUAAGUAUUAUUUGGAUAAUUAAUUCCCUUAAUAUUCAGGAGUAAGAGUAAUUAGAAUAGCAACUCAUCCAAAUGCAUAAAAAAUGGGUUAUGGAAGCAAGGCAAUGGAAUUAUUAAAUAGAUUUUGUAAAGGUGAAAUUUUAGAUCCCUCUGCUUAAUUAAUACAUAUAGAUUUUAGAGAAUAAGCAACAGCAGAUGAUGAAAAAGAUUAAUCAAUUUAACCAAAGAAAAAGUUACCACCUCUUUUAAAAAAAUUAAGUGAAGUAUAUCCACCUUAAAUUGAUUACUUGGGUGUUUCUUUUGGAUUAACUUAAGAACUUUACAAAUUUUGGAGUAAGAAUUAAUUUAGUCCUGCUUAUUUAAGUUUAAGAAAGAAUGAUACAACAGGAGAAUAUACAUGUAUUGUCUUGAAAUCAGUAAAGGAAGAGGGAACUGGUAUAGAUAAUUUAUGCAAAGCUUAUAGUAAUGAUUUUAGGAAUAGAUUCAUUAAUUUAUUAGGAUAUGAUUUUAAAGAUUUGGAACCAUAUCUUUGUAUUGAUAUUUUAAAAGCAAAUGUUACAACAGCUAAUGUUGAUGAAGAUAUUGAGAUAGCAAAAGAUGACAAAAUCAUUACAAAAGAAGAACUUAAAUAAUAAUUAAGUUUAAGUGAUUAUGCUAGACUAGAAAACUAUUGUAAAAGUAUGGCAGACUUUUAUUUAAUCUUAGAUAUAUUGCCAGCAAUUUGCAAGUAAUAAUAUUAUACUAUUUAAUAAGAAUUUUCUUUGCUUAAAAAUGUGGUAAAGCUAUUAGAAUGAGCAGAACUUAAGCAGCUUUAUUGUUAGGAAUGGGAUUACAAUUUAAGAAUAUUGAAUUAGCUAGUGAGUAAGUAGAUAAUGCAGUGAAUUAAUCAUUGCCUUUAUUUAAUAAAGCAAUGAGAAAGAUGAGAAACUUUAUCAAGAUGGUUAUAGAUGAUGAGUAAUAAUAAAAAACUUAAUAAAAAUAAUAAUAAUAACCAUCAAAAUAAACAGUUAUCUAACAAAAGAGAGGAAAAGUCAACUAUUAAAUAGAUGGAUAAUUAGAUUAAGAAGAAAUUUAAAAGGAUUUAUAAGCUGGUGAUGUAGUAACUUUGGGUAGAUCUAAAGAAUAAGCUUAUAUUAAUUAUAAAAAGAAAGUAAAACUUGGAUGAUU